AUGUUGCUAAACGAGGCUAAUAAUAGAGUAUAUAUAAAUAUGUUAAUUAAUGCGUCCCUGAAGGCUAUUUACUUAAGUAAGGUAAUCUUAAUUAGAAGAGCUAAGGGUAAAUUACGUAACCCCGGCACUAUUCGAGCAUUAGUACGCCGCAAUUAUUCCCAGUACGAAUUGGGUCCUAGUAUCAAGGAGAUGGAUACUAGGCGCGAGCAAGCACUAAGGAAGAGAAUCCUGUGCGCGCACGAGAACUAUGUAGGGCACGCCGUGUGUGGAUCUAGAAUACGGACUACAGUACGGGUUAUAUUACCCUCUAUCUAA